CCUCGAAGGUCAAACACGUGCAGACUACACGUGGGCAACAUGGAAGCUCUACUGACAACCGACACGUCUGGACAGCUAUGGACAGCAUCUCUCUUCGAUCCUUUGACUGGUUCUUCUCUAGCCACUUUCAAGUCAGGGUAUAGUUGUCAUAGAAGCCUCUGUUCAACCAAAGAAAGACUCAUCGUCGCUUCCAAAGACAGACCGAUUCUGAGUGUGUGGGACUUCCGCGGAUCAAGGAAGGAUGGGCAACCUCAACGUCAGAUGUGCCCUGGAAUCGUUACGGCUCUGGCGACCUCUGCAGAUCACCAUUACAUCGCAGCGGGUAUUGCAGAGAAAGUCCACAUAUGGCAGCUCACAGAUGGAAUGCUUGUUGCUGUCUUGACCACCCACUACCAGACAGUGACCAAGGUCUGUUUUACUGAUGACGGCAGCCAUCUUGUUACUGCUAGCAAGGACAACAUGAUCCUAAUAUGGGAAAUGUCUGAGAUAGUGCAUCAGUGCACCCUGGGUAAAUCCUGUAGCCCGCUCCAUGUGAUAUCCGGCCACACCCUCCCAGUGACGGACGUGUUCGUCGGUGCUGGAGGCCCUAUGGCUCAUGUCAUUUCAGCCUCACAGGAUCAUUCAUGCAAGGUGUGGGAGUUGUGCUCUGGCCAGCAGCUCUGUAAUCUUCUCUUUGACGUUCCUGUAGAGUGCAUCACAGCUGAUGCUGCUGAGACCUCUAUGUUUGCUGGUUGCUCUGACGGUGCCAUAUAUCUUGUCCAUCUUUUUCAUGAGGGUUCCAGUCAAGAAAGACACAUCAGUAAAUCAGACCGAUCAGCUGUCACCAUUUUUCAAGGACACAGUUCCUCUGUCACAUGUCUUUCUGUCAGUAUGGAUGGGACCAUGCUAGCUUCAGGGAGUACAGAUAAAACUGCAAGGAUAUGGGAUGUAGGAAGUGGGCAGUGCCUCAGAGUGAUACAACACAAAGCAUCAGUAGGGGCUGUACGGUUUGCCUUGAGACCUCUACCCCCUCCCACCAACGCACCCCCUCCCAAGGCUUUACCCCCUCUCCCUACACUUCAAAGGAAUUUCUCUUGGUCCGGGGCAGGUGACGCGAUUGUUCAAGGAGGAUUCAGGGGUGGUUAUGCAGUCAAGAUUUCAAGGCCUGUAGAGGAUACAGAUGAGAGGUAUGAAGAUGAGGUUGGUCUUCCAAGGAGCAUCAGGGAUGCAAACGCAAAGGUAAAUGAUAUUUCAACUGUUUGGAGUCCAGUUUGUGAAAGUUUUGAUAUAUUUCAAUUCCAGAAGCAGCCGAGAUCAGAUGAGGACGAAGUCACAAGGUUACGACGGGUCAACGCCCAGCUUUAUCAUUUAUGUGCAAACUCCCUUCUAGACCGGACAGAGUCGGCCAGCUCCGGGAAUGAAUAUUAG